AUGACUCUCAGAGCUUCUGUCCAGCUACUUCAACCUCCACGACCUGGUCGACUCCUUUGUACCCUGGGACCUCGAAGUCAUAUUUCUUUGCGAUGGAUGGAGUCACAAACCUAUGCUGGAGGCAUGAAGGAACUGCCGAGUCCCGACUUCGGUGGACCAUCUUCGAUAUCCCAGGAUGAAGGGGCAUCAACUGCUGUGACUGGGAGCUUUGUGUCCUGA